AUGACCCCAUACAUUCCCUUUGUUCCAACCGAAGCAUUCGCUAUCGCCAUGGAAGAAGAGUGGCACAAUGCAAUCUUCCAGAACGUGAACGUCUCUGACGAACAAGCAGCUCUGCUGCAAACAGUUCCUGCGAAUGCCGCAAAAUCGACCACUGGACGAGUCAGAGACUGGAUUGGUCGCCUGACCUUAGAAAUAAGCAGGCACUACGACGGAUACCUUCAGAGCCUCCUUCGAGAGGUUGAAUCCCUGCACAUCACGGUCCAGAAUCAGCAGGCACUAGUUGAUUCCUACAAGCGACAAGUCGAUGCGCUACCUGCGUCAACGGGUAGUGGUCAUUCCCGUCAACCUAAGAUUGGGGAACCUCCGGCCUUCAAGGGCAGUGAGGAUAAGACCAAGCUUGAGGAAUGGCUGAACCUGAUCGUACUGUGGUGCGAGCAUGAGGGAGUGGCCACUGACAAACAGCGAAUUGUCACGGCCCUCUCGAAGCUGCAAGGACCAGCUCAUCAGUACAUGAAGAGCUACUAUGUGAAAAUGCGGGAAGGAAAGGAUCUGGGCACCUGGAAGGCAUUUGUGGCAGAACUAGCCCAGAUAUACGGGCAACACAAUGACAAGGAGGGUGCAAAGAAGGAGAUCACGGCUCUGUUCAUCAAUAAGGAUCUGGCCUCGAAGGACUUCGUGAAGUACGCUGAGAGGUUCCACACCCUUGGACAUUUCACGGAGUAUGACGAUAGUCUUCUCAUCGACAAACUCCGGGAGGUUAUACCUCGUGACAUGCAGAAUCGGCACCCACUGUCGGAAUCAAUGUAG